AACGAUGGCGUCCAGCCGGAGGCGCUGUCGCAGAUGAACGCGUUCCAUGCUGGAAGCGAAGCGAAAGGGUCGUCCGGUAACGUGUCACCCUACCGGUGCUCGCUGCAGCGGUCACUAUUCUUCCGCCGGCCGGCUCGCACUCAAAUCGACAGCCGAGGGACGGGCUGGCAUCGUUUCAGAAAAUGGCCAAAAAGCGGAGGGAUGGACGAGAGGCCGACGGCUCGCUUUUGUCACAGGAGGAAGUGAAUGCUAAUGCCACGGGCUCCGCGGCACUGACAGGCAACCACCAACCAUCGGGGGUCUCCACUCGCGUGUCCCUCCUCAUUCUCCUUGCUGUCUUUUCCUGCUCAGCCUCAGUCAUGUACCUGGUCUAUAGGAACUUCCCAGAGCUUUCAGACGAUGAAAUGGAGAAAAUCAAGAUCCCCAAAGACAUGGACGACGCCAAAGCUUUGGGAACGGUGCUGUCCAAAUACAAAGACACUUACUACAGCCAAGUGCUGGUGGCCUACUUUGCGACAUAUGUUUUCCUUCAGACCUUCGCAAUCCCCGGAUCCAUUUUCCUCAGCAUCCUGUCCGGCUAUCUUUACCCCUUCCCCCUGGCUCUCUUCCUCGUCUGCCUGUGCUCGGGUUUGGGGGCUUCCUUCUGCUACAUGCUGUCCUACCUGGUGGGCCGCCCCAUGGUCCACAAAUAUCUCACGGUAAAAGCUCAGAAGUGGUCACAGCAGGUGGACAAACACCGAGAUCAUUUAAUCAAUUACAUCGUUUUCCUGAGGAUAACGCCCUUUCUUCCCAACUGGUUCAUCAACAUCACCUCGCCUGUCAUCAAUGUGCCCUUGGGAGUUUUCUUCAUUGGAACCUUUCUGGGCGUGGCGCCGCCAUCCUUCGUGGCCAUCAACGCGGGCACGACGCUGUACAAGCUGACCACGGCCGGCGAGGCCGUGUCCUGGAACUCCCUGGCUGUGCUCGCCGUCCUCGCCGUGCUCUCCAUCUUGCCUGUGUGCUUCCAGAAAAAGCUGCAGGAGAAAUUAGAGUAGCCCGCAAAAGACUUCCGCGUCCGACCCCAGAGCCCCCACCCCCACCCCCCUACCGCAACCCUGUGGCUCAAAAUCCCGGCGGGGAAGAUCUCGGCUGCCGUGACACGACAAACGUCUACAUGGACCGCACAUUCCUGAUGUUGUGCAAAUUGUCACCUUAUCGAUGGGGCAAAUCCUACGGAGCCCCUAAAGGGACAUGAGGAUGAGGGGCAUGUUUCCCGUGCACUCAAAGUUCCUCUCGCUCCUGAAGUUCCUACUGAUGUCCACCAGAAAAUUUUUCUGCAUGACAAACUCUGUGCAAGAGAAAUAAUUUUUCUCCGUCUUUUUUAGGGCACCAUCACAACCUUUUAUGUCGAGAAAAUAUCAAUUUUUUUCUUAUUUAAGAAUGAUUUAAAGCAGGGGGUGUCAAACUCAUUUACAGCACGGUCCAAAUUGUGGUUCCCGUUUCCCUCAGGGGGCCGUUUUGACUGCGAAACCGUAAAAUUGUUUAAUCGCAUCAUAUUUGCACGUCAUUUUUUUUUUCAAACUAGUUUUGGAAUCAGUCAUCAAGUGAAUUUGAAAUAGUUGGUUCAAAUUUCCACAAGAAUCAUGGAAUUUGAUGCUAGAUUCUGCUUCCCGGGCCACAUACAAUCAUGUGGCGGGCCGAAGCUGGCCCCCGGGCCCUGAGUUCGACACCUAAAACUGGAUUACAAACGUUUUUAUUUUUUUUUUUUUUUACACGAUACAAUUGGCUCGUAUUGGGCUUCUUUUUAAUUGGUGAUCGUGUUCCUCCUCGGCUAAAAAUAACCUCACUUCAGGCCGAAGUCCACCGCUGUGGAAUUCCCCCCCCCCCCCUCACCGUCUGACCCCCCCUCCCCCAAGUUAAUAACGUCAACAUCCUAUUUGUAGCAACUCAGCAUUCACUCCUUGUCAUAUCUUGCUAUUUUUCUUUCUUUUAUUUAUGUCUUUAAGUAAGCAAUAACAUCCAGUGUCACAGCUGUGUAGAAACUUCAGUUUUGGAAUAUCAUAUUUAGGUGCGCGGCACGGUAGAUCAACUGGUAAAGCGUUGGGCUCACAGUUCUGAGGAGCUGGGUUCGAUCCCGGCCCCGCCUGCGUGGAGUUUGCAUGUUCUCACCGUGCCUGCGUGGCUUUUCUCCGGGGUGGGCACUCCGGUUUCCUCCCACAUCCCCCCAAAAAACACGCACCAUGAGUUGCGCACGCUAAAUUGACCGUAGGUGUGAUUGUGAGCGGGGCUGUUUGUCUAUAUGUGCCCUGCGAUCGGCUGGCGACCAGUUCAGGGCGCGCUGCGCCUCUUGCCCGAUGACAGCUGGGAUAGGCUCUGGCACUCCUCGCGACCCUCGUGAGGAUCAGCGGCAAAGAAAAUGGAUGGAUGGAUAAUGUAGAAGACGGAAUUAAAAGACAUGGGAGUGUAAAAACUUGUCCGAAAUACAGUAAGCAAGUGCAUCGUUUUGUUUACGAGUUCUACCUCUCAACCGCUCCUUUUUAAUAUCUUUAAUCUUUCCCCCGUUAACAACAUAAAACGUGAAAGGAUUUCAUCUCCCCGUUUGUUCAAAUCUGGAGGAUUUAUGAUCCAGGCCAGCGCCAAGUGAUUGAAGCCAUUCUUGGUGCAAAAUGACUGACUUGAGUUGAGGGGAAGGCCUCAAUUUUCAGUUUUUUGCCUCAUGAUCAGAAGGCCGACGAAAUUAUUCAUUCGGUUAGUAUUUUUGUUUCUGUGCUGCGCAACUGUGCUGAGGUGACGUUAAUGGAAGUCAAUGUGGACGCAGACUCUGAUGUGAUUUUUUUUUUUUUUGUUUCAUCUUUUGAAGCUUUGUAUUUAUUACAUUGUCAUUUUUUGAAAAUUUCUUUAGAUCAAUGAAAUGUCUUAAUACAAAAAUCUCUAACUACUGUACGACCUUCCCACAACUAUAUAUAUAUAUAUAUAUACACAAACCAUGUGUUGUAUGUAAAUUUAAUGUAUGAAGAUUUGCUUUUGUAUAUUUUCCUCAAGAG